AUGACUGGUGGCGGUGGCAGCAACAAGGUGACGGCCAGCCUGGCAGCGGCGAGGCGGAGGUUUCGACGGCUCCCAGAGCACCUGGCACAGUGCAAGCAAGAGGCGUCAACGUAUGCCAAGUGCAUUGAAGGGAACGUUUCUGGUGUGCAGAAGGACAUGUGUGCGCAAGAGUUUUCUCGCUUGCUGGCCUGCGUCAAAGCAGCUGCGGCCAAGAAGUGA